AUGCUGCCAUGUCGCAGCUCCGCGGCCGCAGCCUCACCUGCGGAGAGAGGAGAGGAGGGCGACUUAUGGAUGAUUUCCGUGGACACCUGUGAGGAGCAGGCGAGUAAAGGCAGGGAUAAGCCUGCGCCAAGCGUGCCCACGUGCCUCUUGCACUCAUGCACCAGAGCUGCACACAGGCUCAGCGGGACCCAAGGAUCCACAGGUCUGUGCAAUGGGGGCCACUGCCCCCCACCCCAUCGAGUGGACUGCAGCCAGCGAUUGGAAGGGGCACACCUGCGGAGCCAGGACGGGCAGCGGGAAGCCCCGGCUGGGAGGACGAAUGUGGGGCCAAGCACCUUGGAGACAGAAAAACAAACGGAGUCAGUCACUAUGUUUUUAACUCAGUUCUGUCUGGAAAUCAGGAUGCAAGAUGCUCAAGAUCCAGCUUCAGGGAAGCGCUUAAUGCUGAGGCGAUUUUUCAAAAGUUCAAAUGAGAAGGUCCAGGAGAGCUCGGCCACGAGGAAGGCUGAUAAACGGCAACAUGACUUUCUGACUGCCUUCCAGGAGCCCUACCCUGGCCUUGCGAUGCGGCAGGGAGGCCACCCAGAGCGAGCCCUUCCUCAGCCGUCAGGUCACCUCGGGGCCUCACAGAUGGAAGAGGGGGCGGCAGGGAGAGCUGCACGUGACAACCAGGGCAAGAGGCAGGAGGACGCGGCACGCCCCGGCCUGGUCGUCGGAGAGCGGAGGGCGGAGGAGGUGACUCUGCAGGUGGACUUUGUAGCUGGAGGAGGCCCAGGCCACGGGAGGGGUGGGUGGCGAGCCCUCCCAUCCCUGGUGGUCCUGAGGGGCUGA